AUGGAUAAGUCAUGGAUGCACUCGGAUAGAAGAUCGAAGGCAUAUGAGUUAGGGGUGGAAGCAUUUUUGAACUUUUCUGUAGAAAAUCUUCUAACUACCACACAUAUCCGUUGUCCAUGUGUUAAAUGUGUUAAUUUGAAAUUGUUUGGGGUUGGAAUUAUAAGGGAUCACUUAUACUUUAAUGGAGUUGACCAAAGCUAUAAGAAUUGGACAUUUCACGGAGAACCUUGGGAAGCAACUACUAAUGCUAGUAGAAAUGUUGAAGAAGAUGAUGACCAUAGUAGGUACAGUUUUGUGUCUGAAGAAAUAGAGAUGGAUGAUAAUGAUUUUGGUGAUUUUGGAUCUGAUCCUUAUGAGUUUGCCAAUGUGAUUGGGGAUGGAGAUCAACCAUUGUACCCUGGUUGUAGAAAGUACACGAAGUUAUCGGCAUUAGUGAAGUUGUAUAAUUUGAAGGCAAAAUAUGGGAUGAGUGAUGUCUGUUUUACAGAAUUAUUGAUACUUCAAGGCGAUUUGCUUCCAGAAGGAAAUACAAUACCGGCCUCUAUGUAUGAGGCAAAAAAGACUUUGUGUGCAUUGGGGCUGAGUUAUGAGAAAAUGCACGCAUGCCCCAAUGAUUGCAUCUUGUAUAGGAAGGAGUAUGAGGAUUUAACUCAUUGUCCUAAUUGUGGUAUCUCAAGGUGGAAGGAAGGCAAAGAUUCAAUCUUGAAAGAGGGUGUGCCAGCGAAGGUGGUGUGGUAUUUUCCUCCAAUUCCAAGGUUUAAAAGGAUGUUUCGAUCACAUGAGACCGCUAAGAGUUUGACUUGGCAUGCUGCUAGAAAAUCAAUUGACGGUUAUAUGUCUCAUCCAGCGGAUUCCCCGUCUUGGAAACUUCUUGAUGAUAAAUGGCCCGAGUUUGGUAAUGAGCCGAGAAACUUGAGAUUGGCUCUUUCAUCUGAUGGAUUCAAUCCCCACAGUUCUCUAAGUAGCAGAUAUAGUUGCUGGCCAGUUAUCUUAGUUACAUAUAAUCUCCCUCCAUGGCUGUGCAUGAAACGAAAGUUCAUGAUGUUGACCUUAUUGAUUUCCGGUCCUAAACAGCCCGGAAAUGAUAUAGACGUCUACUUGGAGCCUUUGAUUGAUGAUUUAAAAUCUUUGUGGGAUGGGAUUGGAGGAGUGUAUGAUGCACAUAAUGGAGAAUACUUUACACUCAGAGCUGCAUUAAUGUGGACAAUUAAUGAUUUCCCCGCCUAUGGAAACUUAUCUGGUUGUGUUGUUAAAGGAUAUAAAGCUUGUCCAAUAUGCGGCGAUGAUACACCUAGUCACAGGAGGCAACGUGCAGCUUUUAAUGGGAAACCUGAAUAUGGCACGCCUCCUGAGCCAUUAACCGGAGAAGAAGUGCUGCAUAUGGUUGAAGAUGGUGACAGAUAUUGGAAAUACCUUCCUGUGAGGCAUGUCCUAGAUGUUAUGCACAUUGAGAAGAAUGUUUGCGAUAGUAUCAUUGGUACAUUGCUGGAGAUCCCUGGAAAAAAUAAAGAUGGGAUUGCUGCUCGAUUAGAUUUAUUGAACAUGGGGGUCAAAACUGAUUUGCAACCCGAGUAUGGAGAAAGACGUACUCGUUUUGCCUCCCGGGCCUUGGAAUUUGUCAAGAGCAGAGAAGAGAGAGAUUCAAGACUUCUUGGCCUUAAAUCACAUGAUUGUCAUACCUUAAUGCAACAAUUGCUCCCUGUGGCAAUUCGUUCUGUUUUGGAGAAGCCUGCAAGAUAUAUGAAAGUGCUAAAGGGGUAUGUUCAGAAUCGUACUCGUCCCGAAGGUUGCAUUGCUGAGCGUACAGUUGGAGUGCCUUCAAGCCAAAAGAUGGGAGUUUCAAAGCCAUUAUCAGGUUGCACAGUGAGCGUAGUUGAUCGGGACCUGUUGAACCAAGCACAUCUAUAUGUCUUGGAGAAUACGGAGGAAGUCCUACCUUAUAUCGAGCAACAUAUGAUCCACAUCCAGACCGCUUAUCCAAAAUUUAGAAAGAGAACAAAGUGGCUGCAGGAUAAGCACAAUAGCACUUUCAUUCAAUGGCUACGCUUCAAGGUUCAAAGUGAACUUAAUGAGGAAGACAAUCAUGGCGUAUCAGAAAAUUUAAGGUGGCUAGCAGCUGGUCCAAACAUGGCAGUGCCAUUAUAUAGGAGCUAUCUCAUUAAAGGUAUUAAAUUCAACAUCAAGGCACAAGAUGAUGUGCGGACAACUCAAAAUAGUGGAGUUUAUUUACUUGCACAUACUAUGCAAGUUGCUAGUGCCAAGGAUAAAAACCCAAUUCUCUCAAAUAUGGGUUUCUAUGGUGUCAUUCAAGAAAUUUGGGACCUUGACUACCAAAAGUUUACAAUCCCAGUCUUUAGGUGUGAUUGGAUUGAUAAUACUUCUGGUCUUGUAGUGGACGAACUUGGAUUUACCCUUGUAGAUUUGAGUAAAAUUGGACAUAGGAAUGACCAAUUUGUUUUGGCUUCUCAAGUCAAACAAGUAUUUUUUGUUGACGACCCGAUGCAUCGUGGUUGGUCGGUAGUGUUAUCAAUGCCUAAUAGAGAAUAUAAUGAUGUUAUUGGUGAUGAUGUCUUAGGUGAUGUGAGAAUUGAGUGUGAGCCAUUUACUAGGGGGAUGCCAAAUGUUGACACAUUUGAUGAAGUGGUGGUUGAGUUAGGGAGUCAAAAUAUUCGAGAUGGGUGUGAAGAUAUAUGGGUUGAAUGA